ACGACGACGACGUCGUGGCACCGCCUCUCGCCGCUCUGGACCGCGGACGAGGAGACCGCGCUGCGCGGCGACGUCCUCAAGUCGCUCGCGCCGUCGUGGCGGAUGCUCCUCAUGUCCGACGGCAGCGUGACGCGCCACCUCAGGUGCGCGGCGGGGAAGAGCACGGGGGGGGCGGCGCUCGUGCAGCGCGAGGUGGUGCUCGGGCUCGGCAGCGGCGAGAGGAAGAGCGCGAGGGAUCGGGACGGGGAGAGUCACGGCGAAGAGGGCGAAGACGACGGCGGCGACGCGAGCGACGCGCCGAUGGUGUACGCCGCGUCGUGGUGGUCAGAGGAGACGUUCAGGGCGUACAUGACGGAUUCGCGGACGCCGAUGUGGACCAACUUGCGAGAGAAGAACGUCGAGCUGUACCGCGAGAUGCGCGCGGUGUACCGCGGCGAGAGCGCGGCGUUGGAAGAGAUUUUCGACGCGCCCGGGCCGUUUUGGGGGCGGCACUACAUCUUCUGGCACGACGGCGUCCCGAUGACGGUCGUGUACGAGGUCUUCUCGCCUCAUCUCGAGCGCGCGAUAGGUCCGGCC